UGGGGGCGGGGCGUUUGCGCUCGGUUUCCUGGGCUACCCACCGCAGUGUUGGCCGUCCGCUCGUGGUAGCCCAGGACCGCCGAGCCAUGGGGACUCCUUCCGGCUUGCGGACAGACUGCGAGGCGCUGCUCAGCCGCUUCCAGGAGACAGACAGCGUACGCUUUGAGGACUUCACGGAGAUCUGGAGGAACAUGAAGUUCGGGACCAUCUUCUGUGGCAAAAUGAGAAAUUUAGAGAAGAACAUGUUUACAAAAGAAGCUUUAGCUUUGGCUUGGCGAUAUUUCUUACCUCCAUAUACCUUCCAGAUUAGAGUUGGUGCUCUGUAUCUGCUGUAUGGAUUAUAUAACACCCAACUGUGUCAACCAAAACAAAAGAUCAGAAUUGCCCUGAAAGAUUGGGAUGAAGUUUUAAAAUUUCAGCAAGAUUUAAUAAAUGCACAACAUUUUGAUGCAGCUUUUAUUUUUAGGAAGCUACGACUAGACAGAGCAUUUCAUUUUACAGCAAUGCCCAAAUUGCUGUCAUAUAGAAUGAAGAGAAAAAUUCAGCGAGCUGAAGUUACAGAAGAAUUUAAGGACCCAAGUGAUCGUGUGAUGAAACUUAUUACUUCUGAUGCAUUGGAGGAAAUGAUGAAUGUUCAUGAUCAUUAUCAGAACAUGAAACAUAUAAUUUCAGCUGAUAAGUCCAAGCCAGACAGUGCCCUCAGCUUGAUAAAGGAUGAUUUUUUUGACAAUAUUAAGAACAUAGUUUUGGAGCACCAGCAGUGGCAUGAAGAUAGAAAGAAUCCAUCUUUAAAAUCCAAAGUUAAUGAUGGAGAAGAAAAGAGGGGAGGAAAGUCACAAAAAUCAGAGGGAUGUGAAAGGGCAGAAUCAUUAGCAAAAAUAAAAUCAAAGGCCUUUUCAGUUGUUGUUCAGGCAUCCAAGUCAAGAAGGCAUCGCCAAGUCAAACUUGACUCUUCUGACUCUGAUUCUGCAUCUGGUCAAGGGCAAAUCAAUGCAACUAGGAAAAAAAGGAACAAAGAAACAUUGAAAUCGGCAGGAAGGAAGAUGUCUUCCAGAAACAAAGGUAACAUGCAGAAUGUACAUAAGGAAGAUAAAUCGUUAAGUCUGAGUAUGCCUAUAAUUACAGAAGAGGAAGAGGAGAAUGAAAGUGCUAGUGAAACAGAAUUUACUGCACUCAAGAGGAAAAGAAAACGCUGAAAAAAGAGCCUGGUAUAGUUUAAUUUUGAGAUUUCUGACAGAAGAAAAGAUUUACGUUUUGUGCAUUGAACAAGAAGACUAUAUUAAAAAUAAUCCUUCCGGUCACAUGGCAUCACACUGGAUACCUGGUUCACUGUCGGGGAUGGAGGGCCAGCUAGAAACCCAAACUGCACAUACAUAUAAUCUACUUAUAUAGUAAAUCCUCGCUUGUACCCCACAACUCUAAAAGGUUAAAUAAAUAUGUGGCAAUGCCUUAACACAGUUCUAGAAUGAAAGUACAAAAAAUUAGAGUAAGAAUGUACUCUCAAACUUAAUUUUAACAUUCAUGAACUAUGCAUAAAUGGAGAUUAAAUUUAGUAUAUAAUAGAAAUAAUUUUGUUACUUGCAGAUUGUUAGUAGUUCCUGUAACUUCUUGUGAUAUUAUAUUGUCUUAAUUUAAUUUGCUAGUACUGUUCUGUCUUAUUUAAAGUCUUUUUUCUUCAGAUACUAAUUUUAUUACAUGCAAAUAACUAAUAUUUUGUAUCUGUAGUCUGGCAAUGGAUUUGUUUGUGAUGUGUAUUUACUAUUUUGUAUAUUGUAUGGUUCAGUGCAAUAAAGUUUUUGCUUUGUCUUAUUUUUGAA